AUGAUUACAAGUGUUAAUAAAACUAAAAACAAGAAAAUGAUAGCUGUUUAUAUAAAAGAUGGAAUUACUAUUGAGGAGUGUAGAAUUGUUUAUGAUUUAAGUCAGUAUUUGGGUGUUGAUAUUAUUUUAGGAAGUGAUAAAAUUUUAAAACCUGCAGAAAUUAUUAAUGAUUUAAGAUCAAGAUUAGAAAAACUUUUAUCAAAUGAUAAGCUUAAAAAAUAA